AUGGACUGUAGAAAACGAGCCUUCGAGGCCGUGAAUGCAGUUGCGCGUGGCGUUGACAAAGGCGAGCUGCUGUCUUUUCUGCGCAAGGUGCCAAAUGAGGAACUCGCUACGUGGCCUAUCGAGGGCCAAGACAAUGAGACCAUCUAUGGAUUCGUCCGUGCGGAGGCCCGAGGCUCGCUGCCGGCUGCUGCUGGCGUGAGCACCGUUGUGGUGCCAGACGUGGACCGCCCGUGCGACCAGCAGGGCGGGCUGCACCUGGCCUGGGUUGGCAUUCCGCUCAUGGUGCUGGCGCUGGUGGUCGAUCGUGGCGUCGGCAUCGUGGAUGAAAUAAAGCAAUGCACGAAGACAUUUCUUGAACGCAACAAUGUCGCCCUGGCGACAGCAUACCACGGUGUGCGUGGUGUCGGGCUUGUGGCCAGUGUUGGCCUGGGCGUGGUUGCAGCGGUUCACUCUUGUGUUAAGCGCCUGAAGGUGCAGCCUGGCCGGCCCCGCGUGUCGCAGCUGAAGCACCCCAAGCAGCAACUUGAUCUGGCCCCUGCAUCUGCGGGGGGCAUGCUGCCGGUGAGGAACAUAGAGGGGCGAUUGGGCAGUGCAGGGUGCGUCAGUUGGCAGCAGUGGUGCAUGGGGCUUGGGCUUGGGCUGGGCUUGGGCCGGAGGCUGCCGGAACGCAGGUGGAUGCGUCGCAGGAUAGCUGAGGUGGUGGUGGUGCUGGAACCUGGGGAUUGCAGGGGUAGAGAUAGAGGGCAGCUUGCACCUGUACUCUGGGUCGCAGUCACUUGGCUGGCCUGGGCAUGUUUACCUGUGCCUUUAUGUGCGCAACAUGGCUCUGGAGCAAAUGUACCCUGGUCGAGUUUGGGGUUUCAUGAGUCUCAGCUAAAGGUCCUGGCUGCCGUUUUUAUGUCAUGUUCCUGCGAUGAGUUUCUGCAUGGUGCCGUGCCAGGAACUAUGUUGCCGCUGGAAGGUACCCCAAUGCACCAAUAA